AGCGGUCCACCUUAACUGGAGGAGCAGAUAGCAGGAAGUAACGAAGAAAGGAGGGACUGGCCACAAAGCUACUAGCCUUCCAUGUUGAUUUUAUGGACGAAUGCUCAUAUCGCUAAUUCGUGCAAGAUAAAAAUAAACCUGACCGUGCACCAACUUUAGCAUGCAGACUUCACAGGCACGCCGGACCUAAAGAAGGCGUAUACGGGCUUCUUUUGUGAACAUGGCUGACGGCGGAGGUGAUGCAGACGUGGACGAUCCGCCCAAUAUUGUUUAUCCACUGGUCACAGUCUCGGAUCUGCCUGGCAGCACAGCCGCAGGUCGCAAUCUGAAAGAAUGGCUGCAGGAGCAGUUCUGCGACAACCCCUUGGAGGAGUGUGAGGACAUGCGCCUCCAUAACGCUGCCUAUGUUGGGGACCUGGACACCCUCAGGACACUGCUGCAGGAGGAUAGCUUCAAACAGCGAAUCAAUGAGAAGUCAGUGUGGUGCUGCGGCUGGCUCCCCUGCACCCCACUUCGCAUCGCGGCCACCGCCGGGCAUGGGGACUGCGUGGGGUUCCUGAUCGAUCAGGGCGCGGAGGUCGACCUGGUGGACGUCAAGGGCCAGACCGCCCUCUACGUGGCCGUGGUCAACGGGCACCUGGACUGCGUCAAGAUCCUGCUGGAGGCCGGCGCCAACCCCAACGGCAGCCGGCACCACCGCAGCACGCCCGUGUACCACGCCGCCCGAGUGGGCAGGGUGGACAUCCUGAGGGAGCUCAUCAGGUUCAGUGCUGACGUGGACGUGGAUCACCAGCUGAUGCCCAGCCCCCUCUUCAGCGCCCGCACGCUCUCCACCCUGGUGGUGUGCCCACUCUACAUCAGCGCCGCCUACCACCACCUGCAGUGCUUCCGGCUGCUCCUGCAGGCCGGCGCCAACCCCGACUACAACUACACGGGGCCCGUGAGCCGCGAGGCCCUGGGGCGCGGCCUGGCCUCCUGCCUGCUGGACGCGGUGCUGAAGCACGGGUGCGAGCCGGCCUUCGUCAGCCUGCUACUGGACCACGGGGCCAACCCUGCCCUGGUGCCGUGGGAGGAGCCUGACCCCGACGCCGCGGGCCGGGUGAGGGUCAACCCGGAGGCCCUGCUCGUCUACCAGGAGGCCAGGAAAUGUCCUCGGAGACUGACGCACCAGUGUCGCAUCGCCAUUCGGAGGGCGAUGGGGAAGAAGCGUCUGGGACACAUCCCCCGCCUCCCCCUGCCCGACGCCGUCAAGCUCUUCCUGCUCCACGAGAACUGCUGACGCCCCUUUCCCCUGCGGUGGCCGGUGCUCCUCUUGCUGUGCGAGCCUCCAGCCUCCAGGUGGCGCUGUUCUCCCCUGAAGCUGCUCUCGCCUGGUGCUCCGCCUCUGUGUCCCUCUGCCUGCGUUUUGAUUGUGUGACACAGAUAUUGAGUGUGUCUGCCAUUUUGUUCAGCACCGUUUACACUAAUGAAGAGCUGAAAAUGGGGCCAUAAUUUAAAAAAAAAAAUCAAGCGGAUGGUUAUCCUGGGAUGGAGAUCCGAGGGAGGAACAGUGGGAUGGAACACAGAAGACCACUGUGACUGGGUCAUGAAAAGGUUUCCUCAUAAUGCACUGCAGUCUCUGUGGUCUUUAUCACUCCAGUCCAGACGAAUCGGCUCGCAGGGUGUCUGUGUGUGUAGUACCCACGUUGCACAGCAUUGUCUGCGCUCAUAGAAAGGAGGUUCUGUUAAAGGUCCCUUCUGCUGUUCUCUGAAAAAAAGAUC